CGCAGGUGCCGGGCUGCACGCCGGGCGCUGGGAGCCUGUGGGGCCUGGGCGGGGGCGUCAUCCAUCCCGUCUGCCCUGCGUAGGGGGGCCACAGGGUUCCGUGCUGCCCCAGGGGGUGGGGGCGUCCUCCUGCCCUCAGACCCCCAGGCAGCCCCCGUGCCCUGCCCCCUCAACCCCCUGCUGCUCCAGUCCCGGCCAGCUGCCCGCCAUGGCGUGGGCGUCUCAGGGCCCGGGUGGCCCUGAUGUGGAGACGGCGGGUGUCACCACCCCGUCUGUGGCCCCGUGGGCCCAAUGAUGCCCUCCGGUGGUUGCGUCACACCGACCGUCCCUCGGAUAUAAACCCGGGCGCCGGGAGGGGGCAGAGGCGGCCCGUGCGCUGACCCGCGAUGGAGGCCAGGCUGCUGAGCGCCGUCCUGGGCGUCAUCCUGGUGCAGGGGGGGAUGGCCAUGCAGAGCCUGGACCUGCCAAAGAUUGCGGGGUUCUGGCGGGAAGUGGGCGUGGCCUCCAAGCAACACCUGGCCCUGACGACCCCCAAGAGGCUGGAGGCCCUGUUCCUGACCUUGAGCGCGGCUGAGCUGACCGUGAAGGCUGCGUACAGCAGCCUGGGCAGCUGCGAGACACAGAACGUGGUGGGCUCGGAAGUCGAUGUUUCGGGGAAGUUUGUUUUUCCUGGCCACCGGGAGAUCCGCGUGAUCGACACCGACUACGAGCGCUACGCCAUCCUGCGGCUGACCCUCGCCUGGCGGGGGGAGGACGUCCACGUGCUCAAGUACUUCACCCGCAGCCUGGAGGACGACUACGAGCCCGGCCUCUGGAGGUUCCGGGAGCUGACGGCAGACACCGGGCUGUACCUGGCGGCCCGGCGCGGGAGGUGCGCAGAGCUCCUGAAGCAGGUGAGCCAUCACCGAGCCCCCCCUGAGCCCCCGGCCUGACGGGAGUCCUGGCGCCUCUAGGUCCCGGGCCACCAGAUGGGGACCCUGGAGGCUGGGGUGCAGGGACCGGCCUGGGUGGGGCACAGGGGGCGGGGCUCCGGGCCCCCCUCCAUGUAGCAGGGCUGAGGGGCUGCUGGGGGCUCUGCCCGCUCCCGUCCCUCC